AUGAAGGUUUCCGCCCUGCUAGCCCACACGGCCUCCCUAUGUGCCUCUCUGGCCGCCGCUCUCCCUGCUGCCGAGUCUGUGUUGGAAGAGAGACAAUCUGCCUCGUCCUGGUUCUUGCCCAACCUUGACCACACCUCGGGUCCUGUCCGUGGCUAUGUCCCCAACUUGCCCACAUAUGACUAUCCCGUCUAUAAGGCUGUCAAGUCUGGCGACUCUCAGGGUCUCCUCAAUGCCAUUGUUUCUGAUGGCCCCAGCGGCAACCGCAACAACUGCUGGCUUGCAGGCCAGCCUCGUGUCAUUUACCUCGCCCCAGGCACAUAUACCCUCUCGUCUACUCUUUACAUGUACACUGACACUGUCAUUAUCGGUGAUGCCUCUAAUCCGCCUGUCAUCAAGGCUGCUUCUGGCUUCAACGGGGACUAUCUAGUUGUAGGUGGCCAAGGCGAUGGCUCCGACCGUCCUUGCGGCGGCUUUGGCGGAGAGACUCACUUCUCCACCAUGAUCAAGAACGUUGUUCUCGACACCACGUCCAACGCUGGUAAGAACAGCUUCACCGCUCUUAGCUGGGCUGUUGCUCAAAACUGCGCUCUGGUCAACGUCAAGAUCAACAUGCCCCAAGGUGCUCACACCGGUAUGGUCAUGGGCGCCGGCUCGACCAUCUCUGCUUCUGAUGUUUCCUUCACUUACGGCAAUGUCGGUCUGCACUGGGCGGGCCACCAGCAGGGACAGCUCAAGGGCAUGAAUUUUGACAAGUGCACCACUGGUAUCCUGAUUGACGGCGGCAACACUAUCAGUAUCCUUGCUCCUUCUUGCAAUACUGUUGGCAACUGUAUUGUGCUCAAUUCUGGCAACCCCUGGGUUGCUGUCAUCGACGGCAAGAACACCAACUCUGGCGACUACUUCACCAGCAAAGUGCAGUAUCCCAAUUUCAUGUUGGAAAACAUCUCCAACGACAACGCCAACAGCAAUAUUGUCACUGUUGGUGGUAAUGUCAAAGUCGGCGGCAAGAACAAUCUCGGUACCUACAUCUACGGAAACACUCGUGGUGCCAACCCAACUUAUCAGACCAAUCCUACCGAGAAGGCCCCCAACAGGCCCGGUGCGCUGGCGCCUGGCGGCAACUACCCCUCUCUCAGCGCUCCCCAGUAUGCCGACAAGAAGAUCUCCGAUGUCAUCAACUUGAAGGAUGUCAACCAAAACGGCGGCUUCAACUUGCACGGUGACGGCAACGUCGACGACACCAAGGCCCUGCAGGGUGCCCUCAAUACUGCCGCCAGCAAGGGCAAGAUUGCUUACCUUCCCUUUGGUAUCUACAAGGUCACAUCCACUGUCACCAUCCCGCCUGGAACGGAACUGUACGGUGAGGCAUGGUCCACCAUUUCCGGCUCAGGAAAUGCCUUUGCCUCCGAAUCGAAUCCUACCCCCGUUGUGCAGAUUGGUAGCACCCCCGGUCAGAAGGGCACUGCCCGUGUCCAGGACAUUCGCUUCACCGUGCACGAGGCUCUUGCCGGAGCUAUUCUCCUCCGCAUCAACAUGGCUGGCACCAAUCCCGGCGAUGUCGCUGUUUUUAACUCACUCAAUACCAUCGGUGGUACACGUGAUACCAACAUUGACUGCGGCAGUGAGGCCAAUUGCAAGGCUGCUUACGUUGGUGUUCACUUGGCUCCUGGCUCAUCUGCCUACAUCGACAACUUUUGGUCGUGGGUCGCUGACCACUCUGUCGACGACAGUGCAAAGGGCACCCGCGCCGCCGUCAAGGGUGGCGUCCUCGUGGAGUCGACCGCUGGUAAUUGGAUUGCCGGUCUCGGCUCCGAGCACAACUGGCUCUACCAGAUCUCCUACCACAACGCCGCAAAUGUCUUUGUUGGCAUGUUCCAGAGUGAGACAAACUACAACCAGGCCACGCACGGCGCUCCCCUCAACCCCCAGCCGUUCUCUACCACAAGCUCGGAUCCAGACUUCGCGUGGUGUGGCGGUGCCGACGGCACUUGCCGUAUGAGUCUUGGCCAGUUCUACACAGGAAGCAACAGGGCCAUCUACCACUACGCUGCAGGCAGCUGGAACUUCAAGUCCCUGACUGGCGUUGAUCAGGGCAUCAUGAACGUUAUCCACGACACUGUGAGCGAUGCCCACCUUCACGGAUUCUGUGCUGGUCCCAAUGUCAACCAGGUUAUGCGUCUGCCCAACGGCAGCCAGUUUGGCAAUGCCGGCUAUGGCGGCUCUUGGGAAAUCUUGGUCGCUGAUAUUGUCAGCCAGUCCUGA